CGUGGCACCAUCUGGUCCCUACUCUUUCUCUAUUUCGCGAUGAUUCCUUUCCUUCUUUCUUCAAACCUAAAUACAACCUCAAAGGGCGACGAGAAUGAGGGGAAAAUAUCAAAAAGAAGAAAAUCUAGAUUUCAUAAAGAAAGAAUUAAGGUAAAGAAAAUUCUUAAUUAUUUGGGGAAAUAAAAAAAGAAAAAUGGAGGUUUUGAAGAUGCGGCAGGAAGAAGAAAGAAAGGAUGACGAUGAGUUGUGUUUGGAGCUAUCGAUUGGAUUUGGAAAAAGGUAUCGAAAAUCAAUAUCUGAUGAUGAUUCGAGAUCAUCUGCAGGUUUUUGUAUCAGUAAUGGAGAAGAUAAUCUGAAGAUUAGGGAAAGGGAAAAGGAAAAGGAUGGAUUUGCAGAGGAAGAAUUGCAAUCGGAGAGGAAGAAGAAGAAGAAGAAGAAGAAGAUUUUGGGGUAUAAUAAUAAUUAUUGUAAUUGCCAACAACAAGUUGCAGAAGGAUUGAAUUUGAAUCUCUCCUUGUUGCAUCGCUGUAGCUGCUUGUACCCUGAGGUGCAACACGGCAAUGCUGGUGGUGGAGUGGAUUCGUCGUCGUCGACGUCCUCCGUCGUGAUUUCGCAAACAGAAAGUGUUCACAAAACGGCGUCGUAUGGAUCGCUGGAACGUAGCGGUUCUGCUUCUGAUUACCAGACCACUGCAGCACACAAAGGCGGAGGAAGCAGCAGCGACACAGGAAGCCAAUCGAGUCGCCUAUGGUCAAGACAACAAGGCCAUAAUGUCGCAAAACCGGAUCAAAAAUCAUGGCAACAUCUAACAAGAUUGUCCGAACAUGACACCAAGGUAUCUCCGCCAAUCCCGGGCCAAACUAAUGCCCGCCAGCAUCCAUCAAACGAGCAAAGCAGCAGCUCCGUGAUAGAGAAGCCUCCAAAACCACCGAGCCCAGUAGCGCCGAACCAGAGCAUGCCCUGUGUGACAGCCACCGGGAAUGGGCCGAAUGGCAAAACAGUAACGGGAUUCUUGUACAAGUACAUCAACACCGAGGUUAUCAUCAUGUGUGUGUGCCAUCGAAGGUUCUUCACGCCGGCGGAGUUUGUAGAGCACGCCGGAGGAGUUGAUAUAUCGCAUCCGUUGAGACACAUUACCGUCGUUCCGUUCCGUUCCGUUGCCUGAUAUAUGAUAUGAUAUGAGUUAGUUCAUCCUGUGACCUUACUCGACUUAUUGAUAUUGUUUUUUUAGUGUUUUUUUUUUUUUUUGGCUG